AUGCUGCAGCAGGCGAGGCGACUUUUGCCAGUUCUCAGUCCAAGAGACUUAGCGGGCAUUUCUUGGGCGUGCGCUUUCACCCUAUAUGAUGAUUCGCCGAUUCUUGCUGCAAUAUCAAAGACAUGUGAUGCGUGCAAGUUCUUUGGGUUUUCAAGCCAGCAGCUGGCAAAUUUGGCUUGGGCAUUUGCACGUGUCCUGGGGCAGAGCCAUGAUCGAUCCGGCAUAUCUCCUGAGUUUUGGGCGGCCAUUGUUACGAACAUCGGGGAGUUCAAGCCACAGGAAUUCAGCAUCACUCUGUGGGCGGUUGCCAAGUUGAGGUUGCCUGGAAACGCAUCCAUGCACGACUUGAAUUUGGUGGAGCAGGUCGGCACAGAGAUGAUGCAGCAAAACAAGUUUGGGCCACAAGAGUUAUCCAAUUUGGCCUGUGGUGUGGCACGUUUGUUUGUGUCCCACACAAAACCAGUUGACCGAUCACUAUCUUUAUUGACGUCGAUCGCCACAUCACGGAUGUCCGAGCUGAAAUCCCAGCACGUUGCCAACAUUAUGUGGUCGUUGGGACACACGCGUUGCUUGCAAGAAGGUUUUGUACAUGCCACAAUGGAAAUACUUGAGUUCCAGCUUGCGUCGUAUGCCACGCUUGAGCUGGUGGGUCUGAUGUGGUCUUUUGCACGGCUAUCGACCCAUGUGGCGGAUAUCCUGCUGGAGAACGUCUCCGGGAGGCUGUUGUCUUUAUCCCCUAUGUUGACUGGUCAAGGUGUUGCGAAUUUGCUAUGGGCAUUCUCUAUCUUGUCGUGCACCAGCACGGCACGUGAAUGGUCCGAAUUUUGUGAUUCAGCUCGCCCGCUGAUUCACUGCAACGCCCAAGAGCUGUCCAACAUUGCCUGGGCGCUGGUGAAGCUUGCGAUUUGGAAGAAUAUUCCCAUGAAGCUGAUUGCCACAUCUUUCAUCAAGAACUCCGAAAGCUUUAGCUCGCAGAACAUUGCUAAUUUGGCGUGGGCAUUUGCGCAAAUCCGUGAGCAUGAAACUGGCAGCCUGGCAUCUUUCUGGGCCACCGUCGUACGUGCCACAUGCUAUCGAAUUUCCGAGUUCCAGCUGCAAGAGCUAGCAAAUCUGUGCUGGUCGUUUGCUUCCGUCAAAAACACCAGCGCUUUGAAGUUAAUUGCGGAUGAGCACCUUGCAAGGAUUCCUGCCUCAACUUACACAGGGGCGGAUCCACGAAGUUUGUUGGCUAUGGUUUGGGCGUUGUCGUUCGCGGGUAUGAAGCACAAGCUUGUGUUUCAGACAGUACGACGCCAACUCCGGAGGUAUGGCAGGGAUCUGGACCGGCAAAACGAACAACUGCGUGCGGUAUGUGCGGUAUGUCCCCUUCCUGCCAACGGUGGGCAUGGCGGGUUCGGUGGGGAACCGGGAAUAGUGUUGGAGUUGGCAGACGUCGUUGUCUUGACAAAGCCACCUGGCUGGGAGGUUGAACGCGAGCUUCCUUCAUCGACGAAUGGAGGUUGGAAUGGCAAAGACAACGUACAUGUCCUAGAGCAUUUGUUUCAACUUCAGACCUUCCUAAUGUUUACAGCAAGGGCUGCUCCCAUCUGGUUCGACAAGCCGCAUCAUUUCGGAUUCCUGCAUCGUUUGGAUAUCCCGGGCUCCGGCCUAAUUCUUGCCGCAAGAAGUUUCGAGGCAUACUACGAGCUUUUGUACCAGCUGAAUGGAAACAUGAUCGUCAGAGACUAUGUGGUUUUAUGCCAUGGAUGGCUAUCUCAAAAGAAGACCACGAUCACUGCACCCAUUCACUGGACCCCCGGAAACCCAGCACCUAGCCAAGUUCGUUCUGGAGGCAAGCCGUCCGUCAGUUGCAUGACCGUUGUGGCUCGCUUUCGCCAAGAAGGUGAGUGCUUCAGCUUGCUUGCGGUGCGCAUAGGCACUGGCAGGACGCAUCAAAUUCGUGCUCAUGCGGCCCACAUUGGCCAUCCAGUUGUCAGUGAUGGCAAAUAUACCAGCGAUCGAACAUUUCACAAAGAUCUGAAAUGGUGCCCCCGCAAUUUCUUGCAUCGCUACAGGCUCGCCUUUCAAGGACAAAGGUCACGACGGAUUCAGGUCACGCAGCCGCUGCCAAACGACUUACGUGCGGCGCUUGCAGAGUUGCAGCCGGUCGACAUGCAAUCCAACAGCGUGCUGCGCUCUAUUACCUCAGACGGUUGCCUGACAAGGUGGCUUUCUUGUUGUCGCUGA